AUGGUCCUCAAACUCCGCCUCGCGCGCGUCUCCACGCCGGGCGGCGCAAAACGACACAAGCCCUUCUACAACAUCGUCCUCGCCCAAGCACGAUCGGCUCGAGAUUCAAAGCCAAUGGAAGUCCUGGGGACAUAUGAUCCGAUCCCGAAACUUCCAGUGGGUGCCGAGCCGGGGGCAAGGAAGAUCAAGGAUAUCAAGGUGGACGUGAGCAGAGCGAAGUAUUGGCUAGGAGUGGGCGCACAACCGAGUGAUACUGUGUGGAGGCUGUUGGCUAUGAUCGGAUUGUUGGAACCAAAAUACCUACCUUCGGGACCGCAGACGCUGAAGCAAGUGCGAUUUCCUACCCAUGUACCGAAGAACGAGGGCGACAACUCGACAAAGGCGCAGAGGAGUCAACGGCAAAGGAGCGAAGAAGGAGGUUCAGGGCCAGUGAUGCAGAAGAUCCAAAGUGAGAUCGCGGCAGGGAGGUUACGAGACGGCGCGAAUGCAGGUACGACGAGUCCACAAGAUCCGAAUGCUUCAUGA